AGAAAUGUAUCGUUAAUAAUUGACCGUCUUUUAAAUAAUCUUUCCUGAUAAGGAAGACAGUCCAGUGAUAGCCCAAGCAGGAUUUAGCGUUCUGUGUUUUAUGAAAAAGAUAAAUAUGCUCCCUAUAAAAAGUCACUAAUUUUAAAGAGCAGGUUUUAACCGUCUUCAGAAAGGUCAUAGGAGAAUUAUGUGCUGGUUCAUUAGGAAAUUAAUCCAUCUUUUGUUCUUCUUGUUUCAAACUUGUAUUUGCUUUUCAAGCAAGGUCACUGAUCAGCUGACCAACUUUUUAACAACUGGAAAACGCAUGUUUGCUGCUCUGAACACUUAACUAUUGGCUCUCAGCGCCGGGAAAGAUACCUCCGAGAGAGGAAAGCUCUUCUGCUCACUGAUUUUUUUGUGGCUGGGAGAACGAGAAGGUGACCUGACUCAUCUGUCGUAGCCUGUUGGAGGAUGAUUAACUGACAGUGACAGCCUGAUUAGACCACAUCAUGGAGAAAACAGAUGCAAAUGACCAGCCACUGAAAUCCAACGGGGACAAAGACCAGCCCCGAAGCCUGCCCUACUCUGUUGAAACACCCUAUGGCUUUCACUUAGACCUGGACUUUCUGAAGUACGUGGAUGACAUUGAGAAAGGAAACACCAUCAGAAGGGUUCACAUCCACCGUAAAGCCAAGCAGCCAAAAUUUAGCACGCUGCCCCGAAAUUUCAGCCUGCCGGAGAGCGGGUCCCGUGCAUAUGCCUCUGCUCCCAGCAAAAGCUGGACCGCAACCUACUCAUUUGCGCAACGAAAGACAUCAUUAGGGGCAGAAGAAACUCCCCGUCCUCUGGUACCCUGUGAGCUGCCUCCAUCUGCAGCCGCUGUAGAGGAGCCAAGUUACCGAAGAAAAGCCCUUUUAGGCGAGACAAUGAGGCAAGCUGAGCUCACGCAGCCGGAAGAGGAGAAGGCCAACCAUCGGGGGAGGCCCCAGCUGCUCCGGGCCUCCAGCAUGCCAGCCACGCUCCCGCCUGGCCAAAGUGCGGAGGAGGAAAGUCAGGUGCCUUCUCCACUCUUGGCAUCUCUUCAGCCCUCUGAUGACAAGAGCUGCUCAGAAAGUUCCCUUAGCCCUGCAAAGGAGGCACCGCUUUCACCCGGCUCUGACAGCUUUGCCCCAAAUCCCCCCCAAGAGACACAAUUAGAGCAACGAGCGGCAGUGCAGAAGAAGGAGCAGCCUGGGUGGCAGCAGGCUAAAGUCACAGCUGUGCUGGAGCGCCAGCCAGGAGACCUCCUGAAGAUGCCAUCUCCAUGGCAAAACCAGCACCCUGCAGCACAGCAGCUGCAGGUGGUUGUGGAGAGCCGGGGAGAGGAAUGUGAUGCAUCAGGAGCACACAGCUGGCCUGAAUUAGCCAAGGAUGGAUCUGCCUCAGCCAGUGCCCUCCAGCUUGCUGAUGAAAACAAGAACCAUGAGAAAAGGGAAUUAAGCGUAAGUGAAAUCACGCCAGAUGCACUGAGGAAAGCCGAAGACAGAAGUAUUUGGGCUAGAGAGAACAAAGAAAAUUGGAGCCCUCAGCCUUUGCUUUGUGAUACAGUUGAGGCCAGCAGAAUCGCAGCACUGAAACAGCAGAUUGCUCUUCUGGAGGAGCAGCUAAGCAGCAAAAAAGAAGAACUCGAACAGAUCAGGGUAGUGCUGAAGCAGCAAGAUAAUGAGAUCAAGGAAAAGGAGAAAAGUAUUAAGUUACUAGCAAGCUCCAAAGCCCAGCUGGAAGAGAAACUGCACUGGGAAAAUACCAGACCGCUGGCCAAGCAGGGCGGCGGCACUUUGCAAUACUAUGACGCUGCAGUGAACACCGAACUCACACAGACAGACAGGCUCAAGCAAGGCCAUGACAAAGGCGUCAAUGUAAAUAUCCCAAUCUCUACAAAAUCCAUAGGCUGCAGUGUUUACAGAGCAGACAACGUGAACUCUCAGGCUAAGGAGUUAAGCAGUAAGUUGGCUCAGAGAGAUCAGGGAGUGGCAGAUGUUCACGCUGGCGUCAGCGGAGAAGGACCUGAAUGUUUUUCCAAACACACAGAGAAUGAAGCAAAUAUUGAGCCUGCCCUUCGUACGCCAUGUUUCACUGAGCUGAAGAUUGAUGAACAUCUCAGUGAUGAUAAUCAAAAUCAAAGAAAUAACUCUGAUACCCAGAGUCUUGCUGCUCAUGCAACGACUGCAGGAAGCUACCACAGAACAAGAAUUGACUCAAGUGCAGUUGAAAGCAAGCCAGCCUGUAACGAGGAUGUGAUGGAAGAGGAAGGUCACCCUAACCGAGAAGAUUUCUCUGCUGUUGACCCCAUAGGCCAAUACGUUAAAAAAAUCCAGGAGCUUUUGCAAGAGCAGUGGAUGUGUUUGGAGCACGGCUAUCCAGAGUUAGCGAGUGCUAUUAAACAGCCUGCCUCGAAGCUUAGCUCCAUUCAGAACCAAUUAGUUAAUUCCUUAAACUCAUUGUUAUCUGCCUACUCUACACAAGGGCCAGCAGAUAAGGAGAAUUCGAACACACAGUAUCAACAGUUGGAAAUCUCUCCAACCACAAGUCUUAAAUCUAUCAUGAAAAAGAAAAGUUAUGGUUUCCAUGCAGAAGGCAAUGGGACCAAAAAGAAUCUUCAGUUUGUUGGGGUAAAUGGUGGUUAUGAAACGACCUCAAGUGAAGACACAAGUUGCGAAGACAGCCCGUCAGAAGGGGAUUCGGACAGUGAGAGAGAGAAAAAAUUGGAUGAUUCAGAGCACAGACAGCCAAAAGCUGUGAGCGAGAGCGAUCCCGCUGCCUUGGGGCCCUCCCUGCAUGAGGGACGCAGGGACGACGGGCUGGAGGAGCCAGCGGUGACGGUGAUGGCCAGCAUGCAGCAUGGGACUGACAGAUGCAAACCCUCUGAAGAUUUCCUUACUGACUGCCAGCUACUCAGCAAACACCUCUCAGAAACAAAGCCUCCAAGCGACGAGCAUCUGGGCCGCAUCCCGUGCGCCGUCUCCCAGGAGUGGUUCCGCGUGUCGAGCCGGAAAUCCUCCAGCCCUGACGCCGUCGCAGCCUAUCUCAAAGCUCUUGGGGCAGCCCAUCCACAGCUCCUGGAGGCAGUCGUGAACCUGGCUGACGGGAACGGGAAUACCGCGCUCCACUACAGCGUCUCCCACUCCAACUUCCCCGUUGCAAAGCUGCUGCUAGACACAGGGGUAUGCGACGUGGACCGCCCCAACAAAGCUGGGUACACCGCCGUGAUGAUCACGCCGCUGGCCUCCGCCGAGACCUGUGAGGACAUGGAGGUGGUGAUGAAGCUGCUGAUGGCAGGAAACGUGAACAUACGAGCAAGCCAGGGCGGCCAGACGGCCCUCAUGCUCGGUGUCAGCCAUGACCGGGAGGACAUGGUAAAAGCCUUGCUGUCCUGCCAGGCCGACGUCAACCUGCCAGAUGAGCAGGGGACCACGGCACUGAUGGUGGCCUGCCGGCAAGGCAACGCGGACAUCGUGAGGCUCCUCCUCGCCCAGCCCGGCUGCGACGUCACGCGGACGGAUAAGGAUGGUAACUCGGCGCUGUCUCUGGCGCAGCGAUCUGCCCACGUGGAAAUCGCAGCGCUCCUGCGAGCCCACGCGGAGCAGAGCCAGGCCGCCUCCGAAUGACGGAAAUGGAAAGACGGACUCGUCAGCAGCGGGAACGGGUAACAAAUAGCUCAUUCUUCCGACAACCGCGCUCCCGGUUGAAAAGGCGGUGACUGUGGCCAAGCUCACCGAUUCCUAGACUCACAGCGAGGACGAACUUUGUCACUUAUUUGCAUACAUCCUUAAUGUAUAAUUUGCUGCAUUAAGCCUGCUUAUUUAGCCUUAAUCUAUGCAUAGUGCGAUGAAUGACUCGAAUACUGUUUCGGAGAGUCAGACUGCUGGAUUGCCUUUUAUUAACAGUCAGUCCUGAAGUUAACGCUGAGCUCUGCUACGUGCCCCUCCCAGCACAGUUUUGGCAGGUGCGUGGCCAAAACAAAAAAGAAAAGCACAUUACAGAAGCAAUACUUAUUUUUGGUACCCUUAGAUUAUGGCAUUCUUUUUAAUCAACUACUUAACUGUAUCUCAUUUAACGUGUAAGUUUGUGUCCUAAUAUUUAUUAUUAGACCUUCUGUAUGUAACAGCAGACAGCGAUUAUUCGGUAUAUGUAACAACAAAUACAAGCUGGAUGGAUUAUGUAAAGUAUAAAAUCCUAUUUAUGAUGGCUUAUGUGGGUCUGAUGCAAGAAUUAAAAAUUAAUGCUCUAGGAAAAUAUUUGAAUGCACCAGAUCCCAACAAACAGACCUUGUUUUGCCUGUACUCUGAAUUACCAUAUGGCUCUUAUCUUUUCUAAUUAAGUUUGAGUUAACCAGGAAACGCAGCGCGCAGCCGUGCACGGCGCGUCAGGACAUGCGAUGCUCAGGCACAACAUGAUGUAUUGAGUUAUCCCAGCCACAGCACGAGAAACAAGGAUCGCAACCGAUUCCCUUUCCAGGAUGUGUCAGUAUUGUCCAGGAGGGUCACAGAGGGACUUGUUGCCAGGCUCGCUGCCCUAUGGGUGUCAGUCCAGCACCAUCGGCAAACUACACGUGAGGCAGAUUAUAUAUAUAUAUAUAUAUUUUUUUUUUUUUUCUUACAUUCCUCUUCCUCCAACAAGAGGGAGGGAGGGCUCAGUGCCUGCUCUCCCAAACAUCGUCAGACUCUCAUUGCUCUUUCUAUGCCAAGAAAUGCCAAUUACCAGCAUUUUAUUGCGUUAGGAGCUAUUGGAUGCUUUCCACAGGUUUCCAUGGGCAUGGAUUAGUUCCUUGUCCUGUCGAGAUGGUGUGUGUGGUAUGACACAAUAGAAAAGGACUUAGUUGCCAUGUCUAAAAGCAGCUCUCGCUCGUUAGUUAGUUGUUUUUCUUUUUUGUUAUAAAGCAGAAAGUAAUCCUGGACUCUCUUUUUUGGUCGUUUGUAAAGUCAACUUACAUCAUACGAUUCAGUCGCUUUGGCACUGCCUCUUCCUCUUCCCUCGCAUUUGCAAUACAGGGCAAAGCUGUUUCCAAGCGCGGCCGCCUCGGCUCGCUGUCCUAGAGCGGGACCGAGGAGAUCCUCCUCCAGGUUUUUGCCUCGGCUGUUUUCAACUGAGAUCUAGUGUCUGGUUCGGUUUUUGUUUUCUUCAUGGUUGUAGUCAGAAGCGAUAACCGUCUGGAGUGUCUGCCUUGCUUUUUAACGCUCUGCCCAACUAGAGUUACACCCUUUAUGCGUAAAUAAAUUCGAAUUAAACUU